AUGAAGGACAUGGAUGGCCCUCGAUCAAGUGGCCUCCGGAAGAAGAGGAAGUCGAGGUCGGAGAGGGAUCGGGAGAGGAGAUCAAACGGGAUAAGGAACAACCAUGUUAAAGGCUCAGUGUUUCGCCUCUCCUCUGACUCAGAGCGAGAGGGUGAAAGAGAGCCCUCCUCAUCCCGCCCUCGACCCCCACGAAGAAAGCGAAAGGAUUCUACUUCAGCUGAAGAGGACAUCAUCGAUGGCUUCUCCAUCACAGGCUUCGUAACUCUGGAGGCUCUUGAGCUUUUACAAGAUGGCACUAGAAAGCUGUUGAAUUCUGAGGAGGUCAGACCCCUCGAGCUGCUCCUCAGGGCCACCAUCAUCAUCAUCAUCUUGACACGCUCUCAGGGACUCAAGCUUCUGCUCAACACAGCAGACUCCUUCAAGGCGGAAAAGGUGAACACAAUGCAGACUGUGAAGCUGGUGUUAGGUUAUAUGCGACGAGCCAGAAUUGAGAGGCAGGUGGAGGGAGAGAGGCAGACAGAGGUGAACAGACAAGUGGAUAUAGGAAGGAAAGCAGAGGCUGACUGA